AUGAGACAUAUCAAUCUCACUUUAUUUGGUCUUACCCUACCCUUUGUCUCUGCGUCGGCAGAACCCGGCCGCACUGGUCGGACGGUGACCAUCCAGCUUGCCAACGACCAAUCUGGCGCCAACAUCAAUGAGGCUAUUCCCGGAAAUGGCAAGAAAUACGGGGUCAGAGAUUACUGGGGCCACUCGGUACUCUCUGAAGGGGGCAGAAUAUAUGCGACGAGUGCUCAGCUUACUGCUUUCCAGCAGAGCACAGUGUGUAUUAUUGAAGGCUCGCAUGUGGAUACUCAGCUUGACUCUCGCAAGACUUGGACUUUCUUAGCAGGUGGUCCGGUUGUUGAUUUGUCGGAUGCUACUGUAUCUUGCCGAGGCUCCUAG